GUUCGUACCUACUCAUCAUUCGUUUUUCUUUAAUGUCUAAAUAAAUGCUAACCUAUUUGUGUUUUGUACAGGAUUUACAGAAAUUUACAUUAUUUGUAUCUUUAUAAUAAACACUUUUAUAGAAAAAGUGUAAGCCAUGGCGGACACAGUCAAUAUGUCGUUAGAUGAAAUUAUAAAACAAAACAGAACUAGUAGAUCACGAGGAAGAGGUGGCGGUGGUAGCGGGAAUGUUCGUGGUCGUGGCGGUGGCAGAGGCCGUGGUGGUAGAGGUCGUGGGCGUGGAGGGCCCGCGCGUGCUAGGUCACAGACUAGACCGAAUUCAGCGGCCGGAUCUAGACGUGGACGUUCCCGUUCUCGUGGUCCCGGUGGCGCCAGGUCGCAAUCACGAUCCCGUUCGCAAUCUCGCAACCGCUCUCGCUCACGGCAACGUCGUUCAAAUUCUCGCGCCCGAUCCGCUUCUAGAUCUCGCUCUCAAUUAAGAGGCCUGACCCCUAAGGGGCGAGCGGGUUUAGAAGAACAGUCUGUCAUGCCGCAACUUAUGAGGGGCAAUCGGAUGAACAGAGGGGGCAUGCGAGGAAGACUCUCGCGUACUAAUUCAAAUCCUAAUCUUCAAAGCAAUGUCCAUAGUAGACUUGGUAUGACAACACGGAGAGGAAUGAAUAACAUCCGGCGUCCUCUUGCUGUGGCCAAAAGAGGAAUAUCCAAACGGGGACGAGGUUUGAGUACUGCUAACAGAUACAGUGCAAUAGGCUUAAGAUCAGAUCAAAUAUUAAAAGAGCGACAAAAUAUGUUACUCAGAAAUAAUAUUAUAAAAUCACAAACUUUCACACGCUCAAGAAAUAAUUCUUUCAGUUCACCUUCCCAACUGACUGUAAGUGUUGCUAAUGAUUUUGCUAAGAAACGUCGUAACAGUGUUGGUAAUGCUGGCUAUUUAAAUAAACAGAGUUUGGCACAGUUAAAUAAUCAGUUUGGUGGUUACAAUACAAGACGAGGUCCUGGCAGUGUGAAGUCUAUGGGUUCCAAUAGAUCGAACAGAUCUAGUAGGUCCAAUCGUUCUAUCAGGUCAAACACUAGUAGAGGCUCUAUCCGCUCACGAGGCAGAGGCCGUGGUGGUAAUCGUGGUGUUGGUAGGAAGUUUGUGAACAAGCAAGUCCUAAAUGCUAAACUACAAAAAGAGAUAGCUGUUAUUCAAGGUAAAACAUAUGGAACCACUGCAAAUAGUGAGGCUCCAACUGGUAUCAAUUUCUCUCCAACACCAGCUGCCACUGGACAGUCACUACACCAGAGAUUUGCUAGUACAUAAAUUAGUUUAACAUAAAUUGUGAUUCUUAUCAUUAAGCUAAUUGAAUUAAAAAAACUAAUUACUUUCUAACUUAAGCUGAAUUUCAUUACAAAUCCUGGAAGUAAACAGUUGCUUAAAAAUGUUUUCUUUCUUUUUGUAUAUUAAAAACAGCUGAUAUUUCAGCAAAUUCUUUGCUGAAUUUCCAUAAUUAUGGAUAUACAGAACUAGUUUCUAAAAAAAUGUUUGUGAUUUUUUUUAUAUUUUAAGAAAUAACAAAGAAAACUUUGUUAAAAGUUCUAGCUAAAAGAAAUGUUACUGUUAUUCAUAUUGCAAGUAUGUCUACCUCUCAAUAAUAUUAGGUGUAAUAUAAAUGCAAAUUUUCAUGCCAUAUUCCAAUUCUAUUUUUAGCGAAAUGUUUCUAAAACCUGACUCAUUGAAAGAAAAUUAUCUAAAAGAUAUAAUAAUAGUAAUAUAAGAAUGUCAAUUUCAAAACAGAUGUUGCAUAAAUAAUUGUAUCAGGAGUGUUUUCAAUUGUGAGAUAUAAGAUAUGUUAAAAAGUAGUUCAAUAUCAUAAAAAAAACCUGCUCAGAAGGUAAUGUCAUCAUGGUGUACCCAGAGGUAGGCAGCUCAAGCUAGACUAUAAUCUAAAAUCCCAUGCAGCCAGCUGUGCAGACAUGUAAUCAAAGCCCCUGUUUUAGCCAUUUAUAGGAUAUUUUAGCAUAUCAAUGCACACAAAAUGGACAAAAAAGACACCAACAAUCAAACCAAAUAUUGAAAAUCAUAAUAAAGACUGGACAUUCAGGCAUAAUAAUACCACUGUAGUAUAUUAUGUCCACAUAAUUGCAAUUAGUGAGAAUGAGAACAUUUUAUAGCUUUUGACAUUGCCUUCCCAAUAACCUUGCAGUUUUGUCUCUUAGUUGUUUUAUUGUAGCUUCUCAAAAUUAAUAUAUUGUCAACUAAAUGCAAUAAACAGCUGCCUAUAAGUAGAAAUAAAGUUUAUUGAAUAUGACAGGUUGCAAGUAUUAUAAGAUCUUUGUCUAUUUUCUAACUACUAGUUAUAAGAUUAUUUUAAGACAUGUCAAUGUUAGUUUUAGUUUUCAAUUUAUUUUGUUUGACAAUUUUUUUUUAUUUUUUUGUGGUUGCUGAAACUGAUCCCAAGUAUACUGCGGUAUUUUGUUAUACAGAAAAGUAAGAAAAUAAAAUAUUUGAUUCAUAAAUA